CACGAAGCCUUCAGAAUCAGCUGUUUCUAUUUUCGUGCCAGUCAUGAUUGUUUUACCGCUUCAGUGAAUUGUGUGUAUGUGUUUUUAAAGAAUGAUUUUAAAUUAUAGAAUAACAAGUUGAAUGAAAUGAAGUGAAUUUUAUUAAUAAUUUAAUUUUUAUUACCCAAGAUAAAAGUUUUGAAAUUGAAAGAAAUAAUGAAGGAUCGAACAAAUCAAAUACUCGAACCCCAAGAAUGUCUCGAUAUUGUUAAUAAAAAAUUGAAUGAAAAUUCAAUGAACGAAUUUUCUUUAAUAAAAUAUGAAAUUGUACCUGUCCAACAUACCAAUGGUUAUUUGGGUCAGUAUUUUUAUCUCAAGGUCUCAGUGGCAAGACCAGAAUCACCGACCGAUAGAAGAAAAAUGAAAUUUUUUAUUAAAAUACGCCCACCAAAAGGUACAAAACAAUAUGAUAUUGUUUGUAAUAGUGGAAUGUUUAAUAGAGAAGUUCGUCUUUAUAAAAAAAUAUUCCCUGAAAUUAUUGAUAAAUCAGAUAAUGAUUAUUUGCCAAUUUGUUAUUUGGGAAUUGAAAAUGAUGUUCUUGUAUUGGAUGAUAUGAUUUUAAAGGGUUAUCACAUAAUAGAUGAUAAAUUAAAUACCCUUAAUAUUGAUCAUUGUAAAAUAGUAAUGAAUACAUUGGGAAAAUAUCAUGCGAGAUCAAUUAUUUUUGAGGAACAAAAUAAAAUAUCAUUAAUUGAUUUUUGUCGUGAGAAAAAAAUUAUUAUCCGCUCUUAUGAUGGACCACCACCAUCUGUAUUUACGACUGGUGUUAAAUGUGCCUUAUCUGUCAUUGAUUGCAUAACUGAUUUAGAAUCUACGACUCGUGAUAAAUUUAAGGCAUUAGUCAAUGAUAUACAAGGGAAAUUACAUAAAAUGCUUGUUCCCUCAACAAAAUAUAGAAAUGUUCAAUUACACGGUGAUUUAUGGACUAAUAAUUUAUUAUUUAAAUAUAAUGCCGAUGAUAAGCCAGUACAAUGUUGUUUUAUUGACUUUCAAAAUACAAGAUACGCGCCGCCAGCUUAUGAUAUUUUAGUUUUCCUAUAUUAUACAACGACAAAAGAAUUGAGAACAGAAUAUACGGAUACUUUGUUUAAAAUUUAUUAUUCGUCAUUUGAAAAAUGUUUAAAAGCUGAGAAUAUUGAUAUUGAAAAAUUAUUCCCAUGGAAUAAAUUUAUGGAAUCGAUUAAUGAAUUUAAAAUUUAUGGAUUGUUUCGUGCCAUUAUUGCAUUGCCAAUAAUAUUGUCUAAUAUGCAAACAAUUGGCAAUGAAACAUCACAAUUAUGGUCAAGUGUUUCCGAUGAGACUUUAUCAUUUUAUUUAAAUCAAUUUAAAACAAAUGAACGUUUCAAAAAUAGAAUGCUUGACAUUUUUUAUGAACUCGAAUGUUUCUGUGACAGUAUGUCAGAUCAAAUUCUUCAUUCCAAUAAAUGUUUAGAAGUUGUUAAAAAAAGUUUACAACAAAAUUCAAUGACAAAUUAUAAUUUAACAACAUAUGAAAUUCUUCCAAUUGACAAAUGUUCCGGUUAUAUGGGACAAUAUUUUUAUCUAAAUGCAACUGUAAAUAAAUUAUCAAAUGUGAGAAAAAUUAAUUUUUUUAUUAAACGUCAUCCACCACAGGGUACAAAACAAUUUGAUAUAGUUUCAAAAACUGGUAUUUUUAAUAGAGAAAUACAACUUUAUACAAAAUUAUUUCCCCUUAUUUUUGAAAAAUUUAAUCAUGAAUUUAUACCCGAAUGUUAUUUGGGUAUUGAUGAUAAUAUUCUUGUAUUAGAAGACAUGGUAUCAAAAGGCUAUAAAAUAAAUGAUGAUAAAUUUGAAAAUUUUGAUUUUUUACAUUGUAAAAUUGUCAUGGAAACAUUGGGUAAAUUUCAUGCAAAAUCAUUUAUUUUCGAAGAAAAAAAUCAAAUGAAUUUAAUUGAAUUUUGUCAAAUAAAAAAAAUUAAUAUUAUACCCAAUGAUAAUUCACAAGAUGGUGUUUCGACUUUAUAUAAAAAUUUAACAAAAGGACUUUUAUAUUGUACAAAAAAUAAUUUUCAAUUUGAUUUAUUAACAUGUGAAAAAUUUAAUUUAAUAUUUCACGAAAUUCUUGGUAAAAUGACUGAUAUAUUAACAAUGAAAGGGAGAAAAGUACAAGAUCACGGUGAUUUGUGGUCUAAUAAUAUGAUGUUCAAAUACAACGAUGAUGGGAAACCUGUCAAAUGCUGUUUUAUUGACUUUCAGACUACACGUUACACAUCACCAGCUCGUGAUAUUUUGAUUUUUCUCUAUUACACAACAACGAGGGCAUUUCGUUUUGAGAAUAAUGAGAAAUUAUUUAAAAUCUAUUACGAUUCAUUGGCAAAAUGUUUAAUGGAUGUUAAUAUGAAUAUAGGUGAAAUAUAUCCAUGGAAUGAAUUUAUGGAAUCAAUUGAAAAUUUUAAACUUUAUUGUUUGAUAAGAGUUAUUUAUAUUAUUCCAAUUGCAUUCAGUGAUCUUAAGACAAAAGAACAUGAAAAUGAAUCAGGAGAAGAAAUUUGGGAUCGUUUACUUAAUGAUCGAUACACUGUAUUAUCUAAUCAACUCAUGAAAAAUGAGAAAUUGAAAACUAAAUUAUUGGAUCUCUUAUUGGAUCUUCAGGAGCUUUUAUAAAAAAAAUUUUUUGUUAUUAGAACAGUAACUGUUUAUAUACAUGGAAAAAAAAUCUUCACCUGGAAAAACUAUAAGUUUCACUAAAGCAGCGAUAUAUUUCACUAAAACAGCGAAAUUUUUCGCUAUUCUAGGGAAACAUAUCGCUGUUUCAGAUAAAGAUUUUUUUUUCCGUGUAGGUUAUCUUUUAUCAUUAUACAAAAGAAAAACUUUUUAAUAAUUAUCUUAUAUUGUUUACAACUUGUGUAUUUUAUAAAAUUGUUUAUUAUUUUUGAAAGAA